AUGCAGUUGAUUUUCAUAUCAAACCUUGGAAGCUCGAAACCGAAUCCCAAUCUUCAAACUCUUCAAAAAAGGGCAAACCCUUCUAGAGCAAAUACCUCAAAGGCCGCCCCUCUGCGCCAGACGUAUCCUUCCGGCGCCUCUUCGGCUACCAUGAAUCACACAGCGGUCACUUUGGGACUCAAUAUCCAUGAGUUGGCGCAGGAGAUAGACCUUACACACAUUCUUUGCUCCAGAUUCCAGCAUGUCUACCUCUCAGAUAUCUCCGAGAACCUCGUUCUGGCCAAGGAUAGACUCGGGCAUAACGGCUUCACCUACCGCGCUGCUAGGGUGGAAGGGGGCGAUGGUAUUUCUCCCGGCAGCAUAGAUAUGAUCUUUGCUAGCUAUGUGAUGCAUUCUGCGAUCAUUCUCUGGAGACGAUUAUAUCCAAGUGGCGCAUUAGCCUGUGUGACUUUUGGAGCGGCACUGCUUGAGGAUUCACGCAUCCAGGAAAUUCACACGCGAGUUAAUCAUUCUGAGGGAGGGGGCGGAGUUUGA